UCUUCUUGCAAUUGCUUCUUGUGUUUGAACCAGGAAGUUACAGCACGGUGGGGGGCCCUGCAAAUCGUACACAUACGUAUAGCAACCGAAACUUCGCAUGCGCGGGCCCAGGGAAGGUGGUCCUGGUGGAGGUGGGGCGGUUCUGCACACCAGCACCAUUCUAUGGCUUCUCCGUUACUGCUAGUAGUAGCAUUAGCAGAAAGCCAAGCCACACAUGAACCGCCGUGGAAACUGCGGGCCCAUCGAUGAUGCCAACAAGCCAGCCAUUCCUGCUUUGGCUCCGUCUUCACCACGGUUGACGGCCCCACGGCCCAGCUAAGGUAUCCUACCUAACCUAGAGUACGAAGUACCUUUGGUAGUGCCCCGCGAUUAGCGAGACAUGUCAUGGGCCCGCAAACCCGCAAGCCAGAGCUGUAUAAGAGCAAAGACUGCGCUGCCCCGUUGUUCUUCCGACCGUUCUUUCUCAGCACGAUCCCCAUUAGACGUCACCCGUUCUCCAGGCCAUUAAACUUUGAGAACCCUGCCUACCCCCUCUCCUCAACCUGCCCAUCCCUUCAAUCUAGCAGCCCCAACCCACAACUACAACCCCAACCCAACCCAACAUUCGCCAAUAUGUCAAGCGGCAGUAGUAGUGCUCCUUCUAAAAAGGCCGUCCACUUCGGUGCCGGAAACAUCGGCCGUGGCUUUGUCGCCUGCUUCCUGCACCAGUCAGGGUACGAGGUCAUCUUCGCCGAUGUCAACGACAAGACGGUAAACAAGAUCAAUUCGAUCAAGUCAUACAAAGUAAUAGAGGUUGGCUCCGAAGGCACCUCUGAGUCUGUCAUCACCAACUACCGCGCCAUAAACUCCAAGACAAACGAGUAUGAGCUCGUCAAGGAGAUCUCCGAGGCGGAUAUCGUCACUUGCGCUGUCGGCCCCAACGUCCUGAAGUUCAUCGCUCCCCUCAUCGCCAAGGGCAUCAGCAAGCGAUCAAAUGACCAGACUCCGCUUGCCGUCAUCGCCUGCGAGAAUGCCAUCAACGCCACGGACACGUUGGCAGAAUUCAUCAAGGCCCCGGAGAACACUCCCCUAGAGGAGUUGGAAGAUAUCGACAAGCGCGCUCGGUUUGCCAACUCGGCGAUUGACCGCAUCGUCCCGGCCCAGGACCCCAGCGCUGGCCUAGACGUCAAGCUUGAGAAGUUCUACGAGUGGGUCGUCGACCGCACUCCGUUCAAGGACCACAAGCCCCCCAAGAUUGAGGGCAUCCAUUGGGUUGACAACCUCGAGCCCUUCAUUGAGCGCAAGCUGUAUACUGUCAACACGGGCCACGCCACUGCUGCGUACCACGGGUACAACCGCAGGAAGAGCACCGUCUACGAUGCUCUACAGGAUCGCAGCAUCCAGGACGAGGUCAAGAAGGCACUCAAGAACACAGCCGAGCUCAUCACACAAAAGCACGGCAUCGACCAGAAAGAGCAGAACGAGUACGUUGAGAAGAUCGUGCGACGUAUCAGCAACCCCCACUUGGAGGAUGCCGUAGAGCGUGUGGGUCGUGCCCCGCUCCGGAAGCUCAGCCGCAAGGAACGCUUCAUCGGGCCUGCGGCCCAGCUCGCCGAGCACGGGAAGGAUUGCUCGGCCCUCAUGGGCGCUGCCGAGAUGGCAUUCCGUUUCCAGAACGUCGAGGGCGACGCUGAGUCGGCCGAGCUCGCGAAGAUUAUGGAGGUAAAUACUCCCGAGGACGUUGUCAAGCAAGUCUGCGGCCUGCAGCCUAGCGACAAGAUCUUCCCGCAGGUGGUCGAGGUCGUUAAGCGCGUCCAGGCCGACACGCAGGAGUCCGACGAGUAGAUGCGAAUUUUCCCGACAGUUUUUUUUGAGCCGGCGUUUGGGGUACCUCCGUUUCCAAGGGACAAUCGGAGUGGGUUGCAAGCUGGAAACUUGGCGCUGCGGUCGUCUGCAUGCAGCUAACAACUGAGGACGAGCGGAACAUGGACCACGGCGUUCAUUGGUAGCGAGUAUAAUGAUAGACAUGGGAAUUAUGACAUGCCCGGCAUUUUCGGUUGGGUUUGGAGCGAUCUGGGGUUUAUUUGCCCUCUCUCGUUUCUCAGUUUUUCUUCUUCGAGUUUUUUGCUCGCCUGUUGGCUCUUAAAGCUUUCGGGAUUUCUGCGGAGUCAUUAAAUCCCAAAUAGACUGAUAGACGUCAAAAUGGGCUUAUAGACGCAAAUAAAUACUCUGAACUCACCUGCCUGACAUGCACCGGCGUUGGCCGAGCGAUGCAUUAGCAUCUACAUUAGACGUUGAGCGUGAUGUUGGAUGUCGU